UGUGUACUGACAGUUCAGUUGAGGAUCAAGUUAUUGUGUUGCAUGGCUUACUGGUCAUGCCGAGACAAGAUGGUGGCUGAAUAGGAUGUCCCAUCCGAGUUUAGGUUUUUUUCUAACUCUCUUUUAUGCCACAGGUUGGCUCUAUCACUACCUAUAUUACAUUUCCAGGAAGACAGAUGAUGUCACCAUCAUCCUAGAUAUUUUUACACUAUGAAGGACUUUGCUGACUCCAUCUCUAUUCUUGGUCAGUGGGGACGUUUCCAGCAGGUUGUCUUCUUCCUGCUUUGUGUGAGCCUCGUGCCGAAUGGAUUUGGUACUUUCAUUCUCGUUUUCCUGACGGAUGUGCCAAGACAUCACUGUGUUGUUCCUGGUUUCAACCUUACCGAAGACUGGAAUACAACCAUCAUACCAACAAAGGUGGUGAAUGGGAAACAGGAGCAGAGCAGAUGCAGCAGGUACAGGCUGGAUGUGGUCAGAAACCUCUCUGCUCAGGGCUUCAUUCCUGGCAGGGACAUCAACCUCACCGACCUGGAGCAGGAGGGCUGUGUGGACGGGUGGAGCUACAGCAAAGACAUCUACCAGUCUACUCUGGUCUCUGAGUUCGACCUGGUGUGCAGUGAUGAGUGGAAGCAGCCGUUCACCGCCACAGUUUACUUCAUUGGAGUUCUUUUUGGAUCCUUUUUCUCAGGACAGCUGUCAGACCGGUUUGGAAGAAAACCUGUGCUCUUUGCAACCAUGGCAGUUCAGACGUUAUUUUCCUUCAUUCAGGUCUUCUCUACUUCGUGGACUAUGUUUACUAUCCUCCUCUUCUUCAAUGGUUUGGGACAGAUGUCCAACUUUGUGGCUGCUUUAGUGCUGGGCGCUGAGAUCUUGACUGGCAAUGUGCGAGUCCUUUACUCAUCGUUGGGCUCGUGUUUAGGCUUUGCCAUUGGUUACAUGAUUCUACCUCUUGCUGCUUACUUUUUGAGGGAUUGGAAAUCUCUCAUGUUGGCUUCGUCUUUACCCGGCCUGCUUUACCUCCCUCUCUGGACGUUCAUCCCGGAGUCUCCUCGCUGGCUGCUCUCUCAGGGAAAAGUGGAGGAGGCUGAGGCCAUAGUGAGAAAGGCUGCUAAGUGGAACAAAGUUAAGGUUCCGAAUAUCAUCUUUCAAGAUUACAGUGGUGAUGAGGAAAACGCACAGCCUAAAGAAAAAGCCAAUGUCCUCGACCUGCUGAGGAAAAGCAGCAUCAGAACCACAACACUUAUCUUCUGCUUUGUGUUCUCCUGUUCAACAACAGGAUACUAUGGCCUGUCCCUGAACACAGCGCAGCUUCAUGCUAACCCCUACGUCAGCUGCUUCAUCUCAGCAGCUGUAGAGGUGCCAGCCUACAUUUCUAGCUGGCUGAUUCUGCACUACCUUCCCCGCCGACCGUCUGUCAUCUCCUCUUUGCUUCUUGGAGCAAUGCCGCUUUACGUCAUACUACUGGUGCCUCAAAGUCUACCCAAUCUCUGUAUUGCACUGGAGAUGUUCGGUAAAUAUGCUUUUACCACUACUUCCUCCCUGAUGUUUACAUACAUGACAGAGCUUUACCCAACAGUGCUAAGGAACACAGCAACAGGGACGUGCACGACUGUCUCCAGAGUGGGAUCAAGCUUCGCACCUUUUGUAAUAAAGCUGAAUACAUACAUAUUAUAUCUUCCUUAUAUUAUACUGUCGACUCUGGCUGUUGUGGCUGCCAUCGCUGCUUAUUUCCUGCCGGAGAGUUUUGGAAAACCUCUACCUGAAACUAUGACACAGAUGCCUGAGAGAGAAAGGUUUAAGUGUCCAUGCACUGGAAAAGAAACAAUACGAUUGGAACAUCUUGAAAGUCCACUUUGACAAUCUAGCACUUCAUUAAUGAAAGUUAUAUGUGAAUAUCGCUUUUGAAUUGUGUUAGUCCUGUUAACAUUUCUCAUUGUUUAACACAUUUUUAGCCAUUUGAAAACAUCACUCUUUCAUUUUCCCAAACAUCUAUUUUGUAACUGAAAUGGUUGAAUGAAAACUUGGAGUUUAAAUCUACCUGUGGAAAUGUAUGUUACCUUAAAAGGGAACCAGAAAAGAUCCUUACAAUAAUAUUUAAUAACAUAAGUUUUGUCAAAUGUCAAAUAACUGUAGCAACCUUUUUUUCAUUACAUACAUUAAUUUCAUGAUAGAAUGCAACAGGUCUGUUACCUUUUUUAAUGCAAAAACCCCCACACAUUUAAUAAACACUGUGUAUUGUGGAAAUGCAAGUGACCAGUCAACAAACUUUUGCAUUCACAAUUUCUUUUUAGCCAUGGUAAUAAAUAACCUGACCUUUUGUCUUAGUGAACUUUCAGACUGGAUAUGGCUAAAGUCAUUUCUGGCAUUUGUCUAGACAGAGACAGGUUUCCGUUAUUACUGUUAUAAGGGUGACCUGUUAAAUGUGAAUUCAUGUUUUGCUGUGAAAGAUUAACCUAACAUCAGAGAACAGCACAACAUGUUCACUAGACAAAAGUUGCACAGUUCACAUGUUUGUUGUAAUAGCCAUUUGCGUUGUCAGCAAAAAAUUGCAUCCAUAAACUAUACCGUUUGACCUUUGUAAUAUAUAACCUGACAAGGAUAAUAAAAAAACAGA